CCGAGUGAAUUCAAAAUGCCGUUACCUAUGAAUUGCCGUUAUAUAUUAAAUGCCGACACUCUAAUUGCGGUCAUUGUGGUUAUGCCGUUGCUGAUCUUCAUGACUAGUGUCGGUCAUGGCACCUGCCAAGAUAUAUACUUCCCCACGACAGAGGUACAACUUAAACUGCCAUUCAACGAAAAGUCACAGAGUAUAUUUUCCAAAAUACCAAUUGGACGUUUCCAAAUAUUGGCCAGCGAGUAUGACAAUCACGAAGCAGAAUAUCUCUACAUCUUACCACAGCAUAAUGACUAUCUGCAUGUGAAUGGCAGCAGUGGUGAGAUUUUCAUGACAAACAAUUAUGAAAAUGUACAAAAUAGAAUGGUGAUCACUUUAAGUGCCAUACCACGCAAUGGAUCAAAUACGACAAUUAAAAUCGCUACUAUGAAACUGAUAGUUAUGCCACAAUCGGAAGCUGAGUACUGUGCCAAUCUAGAGAAUGUGUGCUUUUGGGAAAAUGCAAAAUAUAGAAUCGCGGAGGAUGACUUUGCUUAUGCUGAUGCAAAAGCAGAAUUUAAGCCGUUACAUGUGGGUGCAUUGAAUUCCCGUGCCACACGCUAUCUCUGCCCUACGAUGAACGUCAAAUACAGUCUACUGAGUGGUGGAAAGUAUAUCACACUGAAAGAUUAUGAACUCUACACUAGAGCACCAAUCGAUCACGAGCUGUUGAAUGCCACAGGAAAUCAUUUUCCUGUAGUCACUAUUGGUUGUUCGUUGAAUAUGAGUGAUGGCAAUGUAGUUAGAUUUAAUAAAACGCUAGAUAUCGAUGUUGUGGAUCGCAAUGACAACGGACCAGUGUUACAAAAUCAGAGAACUUAUCACUUCAAACUAGAUAGUCCGCAUUUUCGGGAGAACGAUCGUAUUGGCGAAGCAAUUUUAUUUACGGACAAAGAUACGCUCAACGCUAAUAAAGAAACAGUUUAUAAAAUUAUUAAUGAUGUCAAUGAAUUGGUGCACACAGACUGCAAUGGCUACGAGACGGAUCAUACCAAAAAUCUAAGAUCCAUAGUUAGUUGUCAAAUUCUCUUCACCCGCAAUGGUAUAUUGAGUCAGCCGGAGUAUUGCUUCAGUUUGAUUGCAAGCGACGACACAGUUGUUGGGAAUGUGUCCAAAACAGCAACGGCAGAAAUUUGUUUACUCACUGACCAGCACAAAAUACACGACGCCGAUCGACCAAAAGUUUUAGAACUGCGUCAGCGUCCUGGCAAGCGUCGUUAUCUAACCAAUUCGGACAGUGAUAAUAAAGGUUUUAAGGUAGCAAAUAUUUUAAUCACUUAUCGCAAGGAUGUCCACGUUUAUCGCACUGCCACGUCGUUUAGCAGAGUGACACAGCCAGACAAUUAUCAAAAUUUAAUCGAUAAAUCGGAGGUGAGUUUCAUAAUCGCUGAGGAUCGUAGUGGCGCAUUUGGCAUAACAUCAACGGCUGGAAUUGUUUACGUCAAAGAUGCAUCAGCAUUGAAGGGCUCACCGGAAACGGUUUAUUUCCUCAAUAUCACCUGGCAUGAUGAGUAUCAGCGUUCUUUCGUCAUCAAUGUUCACCUUGUAGAUGGGCAGGCUGCUAAUGCGACUUGCGAUCAUAAAGUUAAAUCGCGUAGUCAAACAUGCGCACAAAUUAAAUAUACGCGACAAUGUACGAAGUUUUGUGGUCUCGGCACCAGUGGUGGCACCUGUAUGUGGCGUGGCUCCAAUGCCGGCUUUUUCGGAUCAAAUUAUGCAUCGUGUGUGCCGGACGUCGCAUACUGUCCAGAUAAUAUAUGCGAUCCUUUAGAGGAGCUUAACACCUUCAUCUGUCCACAGGACUGUGUAGCAUCGGGUAAAAUUAUGGGUCCACACGCAGCCAAUAGUAAUAACCGCGGCAUAUUAUCAGCGUCGGGCACUUGUACGUGUGAAGAUAAUGGCAAAUGUGUAUGCGGGCCACUUGACGAUGAAGAGCCGCGUCCGAAACGUAAAAAUAAAAAUGGAACAAAGUCAACGGAUAUUAAUAAGUUAAGCAAGCCCAACAGUUUGGCGAAUAGCACACUUUCGGCGCAUACAAAUCACAACAACGGCACGAUUGCCGAUGAUGUAAUGAUUUUACGCAUCGGUAGCUAUACUUGCGGCAGCUCUUGCAUUGUACUGGCCAUGGCAUGUCCAAGUAUAAUCUUUAUGCUCUUCAUCUAUGCCUGUCUUAUACGCAAGCUAUUCGGGCAUGAACCGUUGUCGCAAGCUCCCUCGGACAAUGAUGAUUGCGAUGUACGUAAGGGUGAUAUGCCGUUAAUGCAACUCGAAAGCAGUGCGAAGAAAUCCGAUGCAGUCGAUUCUAAAUGGGAAUUUGAUCGUGCAAAGCUGCGCUUGGAUAUAGUACUCGGCGAAGGUGAGUUCGGUAAGGUGAUGAAGGGUUAUGCGACAAACAUAGCUGAUAUACCUGGCGUCACUACCGUUGCUGUGAAAAUGCUCAAAAAUGGCGCCAAUUCUGUGGAGUACACGGCUUUGUUGUCGGAGUUCCAGUUGCUGCAGGAGGUUUCACAUCCAAAUGUAAUUAAAUUGCUGGGCGCUUGUACAAAAGGCGAUAUGCCCAUGAUUAUUAUUGAAUACGCUAAAUACGGUUCGUUGCGUAGUUAUUUGCGUUUGAGUCGCAAAAUCGAAAGUGUGGGUGGCGAUUUCACCGACGGCGUGGAGCCGAUAACUGCUAAAAAUGUUUUAUCGUUUGGGUGGCAAAUCUGCAAGGGAAUGGCUUACUUGACGGAGAUUAAGUUGGUGCAUCGUGACUUGGCAGCACGCAAUGUCUUACUUGCUGAUGGGAAAAUUUGCAAGGUAUCCGAUUUUGGACUCACACGUGAUGUCUAUGAAGAUGAUGCCUAUUUGAAGCGUUCAAGGGACCGUGUGCCAGUGAAGUGGAUGGCGCCUGAAUCGUUGGCCGAUCAUGUAUACACAACAAAAUCGGAUGUAUGGGCAUUUGGUGUGCUUUGCUGGGAAUUAAUCACAUUAGGUGCCUCACCAUAUCCAGGUAUACCGCCACAAAAUAUCUACCAUCUAUUGAAAACCGGUUAUCGUAUGGAGAAACCGGAAAAUUGCUCGGAAGAAAUUUACUCCAUUGUGCGCACAUGCUGGAUCGAUGAUGCCAACUCACGUCCAUCGUUCAAAUAUCUCGCAUCACAAUUCGAAAAGUUACUGGGUAAUAAUGCCAAAUAUAUUGAAAUGGAAUCAAGUGCGAUUUCCAAUCCGAUGUACUGUUUGGAUGAAGCUAAACUUGCCGGCCAAUGCCAACCGGAUCUAACUGCAUGCCUUAAUGAACAGCCAGAACUCGGUGAACCCGAAUCGUUAGAUCAUCUCUGGCAGCCACCAAAAAUCGCCUACGACACACAAGAAUUUCAGAGUAGUCACGAAAUAUCCAAAACAUUUAGUUUGGAAUUCCAAUCACCACCACCACCACCACCACCCGGCUACGAUGUGCCACGGCCACUCAUUGAGACAGGCACUACAGAACAGCGGUUACGUUAUGAAAACGAUUUACGUUUUCCACUCAAUAUACGAAAGUCCCUAUGCGUUGCCGGUAAUGCGACGAAUUGUCACAAUGGCAGCAAAGUUGGUGGCGAGGCUGAAAGCGAUGCAAUGAUUGCGCAUUAUUCGGUGCCGGUGAAACGAGGACACUCUUAUACGGAUGUGGCAAAUAAAACAUUUAUACCCGAUAAUUUGGAUAGUAAUGAGUUUGAAAAGCAUUUAUCGAAAACAAUCUCAUUUCGAUUUUCUAGUCUAUUGAAUUUGAAAGAACAAGAUUUAGGCUCGGUUUAGACUUUAGGUUAAAUGGGGAGUGGGCGGUUGCUGUAAUUGUACGAGUAUGUAACUAAUUUUUUUUUAGUGUUUUAUAUACUAUAUUAUAAAUAUAUAUAUGUAUGUACAAUAUAUGUGUAAGAAAUUGUUGUUUAGUUUUAAUUUGAAAUUUUUUAAUAUUAAUUAAAGCCAACUGAGUUGCAGGAAGCUUUAUGUUAACGGAGGUGUUAAUUAAACAAAAAAAUCACGAAAUCUUUGUGUGUAAGUGUGUUUGGCUACAUAAAAAUAUGUUAUACAUAUAUUUAUAUUUCAUUAAAAGUAAGUCUGACUGUAUUUCUUGCUAAAGAAAAUACUCUUGCAAGCAAAUAUUUUUUUAUUAUUAAUUUUUUUAAUACCGAAAACUAGUUUAAUUUUAGCAAAGAAUUCCAAAACGAUGUAUUAAUAGAAAUAUAUUUACAUAUAUACAUAAGUAUAAGAGUACCAUUAAUAAAAUUGC